UCAUUUCAUAUUUACAAAGUUAUGAUAAAGCAUAGCAUAGCAAUGCUAUUACAACUUCCCUACUUGAGCUGUGGUUCAGCAGGUGCUCCCUCUCCUCUUCUCCACUCCGUGGUUACCGACUGUGGCAGCAGGAGCUGUGUUUUUUUAUUGGUGCCUUAUUCCGACAAUAAACUGACGUCACAAACUGCUGAACGUUUCAUGUUACUUGUAGGGCAGCACUUCGCCUCGUGACUCCCUCAUCUGUUUUCUCUCCACCUUCAACUCCGGCCGGAGCGCUAACAAGUGAACAUGACUAGGGUCUGGCUUCUGCUUAGCUUCGUGUCCUUAACUUCAGCUUUUUACUUGACUAAACGAGACGAGUUUCAUUUCAAAUCAUGGAUGGCACAGUACAACAAAGCGUACGACUUCGAGGAGUACUACCAAAGACUACGAAUAUUCACGGAGAACAAGAGGAUGAUUGACAAACACAAUGAAGGGAAUCACUCUUUCACAAUGGGACUCAACGGAUUUUCAGACAUGACUUUCAAUGAGUUCCGGAAGUAUUUCCUCUUGUCUGAACCUCAGAACUGCUCUGCCACUAAAGGAAGCUACUUGAGCAGUAAUGGACCACAUCCAGAUUCCAUUGAUUGGAGAAAGAAGGGGAAUUAUAUAACACCAGUAAAGAAUCAGGUAAAGUUAAAUUCAUAUUGUAAUGACGCCAGCAUACGACAGAUAGAAGUCCCACCAAACGGGUUUAUUAGUCGUAGAAACGAGCUGCUAUUUUGA